AUGAAUAAAAAUCACACACGAAUCAAUGAUGCCCUCGUCAACAAUAAUAGUGGCGAGUCAUAUCGUGAUAAUAUCAAUCUUUCUGGUUCUUCUUCUAAAGAACCUUCCGUCAACAUAAAACUUCCAUUCCCUCCCACUGUUGAUUUAUUUCAUUUAGUCAGCAAGAAGUCACCGGAUGGAAGAAUUCCUGUGAGAUCUCCAAACGCCUUUAUAAUUUACCGGAAAGUAUAUGUGGAAGCCGCCAGGAAAAGUGGUUAUUUUCUUCCAAUGACCAAUAUUUCCUCAAUGGCAUCCCAAUCAUGGGCUGACGAGAGGGAAGAGGUGAGAGCCGCGUAUCAACAAAUCGCAAAGGAUGCGUUAAAAGUUCGUAACGAGAUAUACCCAAAAUCUAGUAAACGAAAGCGCAAAGAUAGGUGGAAUAUCGUGAGCUUUGAAGAUCCACCCCCGAUCAGAAAAGACGUUAAGGAACGAAAGAAGUCUAAAAGGAAGGUUCAGCGUAAAACCAAAACCUCAUCACAAAAUCCUUCAAACGCUACUCUGUCUGAUGAAUUGCCAUCCCUUGACAAAACCUCUGAUCCCACGCUUCACAAAACGCCAGCCACUGCCAACUCAGAUUCCAUCGUUAAUGAUAUCACAUUUUUAAAUAAACAAAAUCAAAAUCUUGAUACAAUCAAUACAUCUGAAAAUCAUCAAACAGACGCGAUAUUUAAUUCUAAUAUAAAUAGUAAUACCGACGACGUUCUGCAAAUACCGACGAGUGUGCAGAACGCACUGACACACGUAAACUCUGCAAUAUACUCGAUGCUAAUGACAUUCUACAUGUCUCCUACGAACAUUUCGAACGCAAAUAAUACAAACCCUGCCCAAAACUACACUGCCUACAGCAACACGAUUUUAUCGGAUAAUAAUAAUGAAAUAACUUCCCUGAAUUCUUCGGACGACUCAUUCUCGGAAGACAUAAUUCAUUAUUACGCCCCACCCGUUUCCGUUCAAAACAUUAACCUCACACAGUUGAACCCCGAUGAAUAUUCCUUAGAUAAAGAUCAAAGUAACUGA